AUGGGGUUUCCGGUUCUUGUUACCCUCAGCCGGAUAACCCCCCCUUGGGUGGUUCGAAUAAAAGGAGGUGCGAUCGACGGAAUGCGUCAAAGAGGAAGACAACAUCGAGAGGCUGAUGGCGAGGGACACCAGGGAGCUGCACCUGAGGUUGGUCCCCAGCAUCCGGCAUUUCCCGGAGGACCUACUGAUACAUCUUUAUUGAUUAGAUAUCAGAGUCAUGUUGCCUGUCAUUUAUGGUUGGGCGAGGAGAGACGACCAAAGCCAACCUUAAAGGUUGCUGCACAUGGCAGCAAGUUAAUAGGAUGGGUUCCGGCAAUGCUCCCAAGGCAGAUGGAAAAUUGGUUAGUUGCAUCUGGCCUGUCAUCUUUGCAGCAUACUAGUUUGGCCAGGGUAGAUACGCAUCUAUUAUCUGCUUUUGUUGAGAGAUGGUCUCCUGAAACAUCGUCAUUUCAUAUGUCGUUCGGCGAGAUGACCAUCACGCUAAAUGAUGUUUCAUGUCUUCUUCAUGUACCGGUUAGGGGCCAGCUUGUUGACCCCGAUGUUGUUGUCACCGAUUAUGAUGCUAUCCAUCUAGCUGUUGAGUUGUUUGGUGUUUCACUGAGUGAUGCAACUACAGAGGCUUAUGCUGUAAGGGGUCCUUACUAUAAAUUGGAUGGGUUAAAGCAAGUUUUUGUGCAACAAAGAGCUGCAAAUAACUUUACAGGCGCUAUGAGAGCAUACAUGAUGUUGCUAUUAGGUUGUACUAUUCUUGCCGACAAGACUUUUACUCUUGCUGAGUGUUGGAUUCAUGAGUACUUUCCAACUGUUGGAAAGAGAGGUACUUCUGGGUUAUGUGGCAUUGAUAGUUCGAUGGCUAGGGCGAUGAAAUGUGAAUAUAGGCAGGGGGCGCAAAAAGUGGCUGACAUCCGAGUUGUGUUAGAUCAGUUGACUCCUCACGAUAUCGUCUGGCGCCUUUUUGAGGAUCAUCGGGUGCACCGUCCUUUUGAUGACAUCUGUUUGUAUCGGGGUGGUUGGAAGUGGUUUGGUAUUGUAGUUCUAUAUUUACCUGACAGAUGCUUGCGUCAGUUUGGAUACAGACAGUACAUACCGACUGCUCCUCCUAAUGUCGACACACUUGAUGUGGAUGUUGAGUGGGCUACAUAUAUGCAGAGUGUGUUGCAGGUGAUCCGAUCCCACGAUGAUCCCCCAGCUGCGUUUGCCACCAUGCCAUAUGAGACAGACGAUGAUUAUUUGCCGUGGUAUUAUACGAUGUCACAUCCUCGUUUGAGAGCACCACAGGAUGAUCAGCUGAUGGAGGUACCAGUGCCUGUCUAUGACGAAGGACCGUCAGACCCGAGAUUAUCAUAUAUAUGUCAUGAGCUUCAUCAUUACUUACAGCGUCAUCAGGCUGUUCCUGAAGACGAACAGUUUCUGGAGAUAUUUAGAGCACUCAGACUUGCACAGGGCGGACCAUUACCUAGGGAAGGUCCAAUUACUUAUGACAAUGAGUCUGAUUGA